AAUCAUUAUCACUACUUCAAUCCGUCGUCUGAAGAAUCCGACUCUCGUCUUUCUUCUUCUUUCUUCAAAGAUCCUCAACAAUCUUUCACAUCUUCAGGACUGAAUCCCGUCGGCCUAGAUUGGCUGCAUCGAGACCCUUCUUCAUCUCCCUCUCCAUCCACUUCCACCAACCCACCAUCUUCUUCUCACGUGCUGGGUGGGAACAGAUUAAGAACGCUGACCGUCAGUGCGCACACGCAUUCCGACUCGAUCAUCAAAGACCUGCAUCACAAGUCGUCGCUCGUCCAGCUUCAAUCAUUACCGGUGCCUCCCGCGCGAAGACGAAAACCUAUUCAAACAGCUAAUCCUUCUGGACGAUCUUCGACAGGAAGAGUGGAUAAUGGAAGACCGUCUACUGGCGUUCGAUAUGAGAAUGGGCGGACGGAGAAUAUGCGAGCAAUUGAGAGCGGCAGACCUUCGACGGCAUCGUCCACCCAAACCUCUUCCGAUCAUCAUCAUCAUCAUCAUGGUCCUCCCUCUCAUGGUAGUAAUCCAAGAGUCGGUAAAGGAGCAGUGUUGGAUCUUAAUGGCAGGAUGGAGCUGGUGCUUUCGGGCCUCUCUGCCUCGUCAGCCUUGAUGGGUCCUACUGGACUCUCCAAUCCUGCCGGUGCGGGUGGGGGGAACGGGGGAUUGACGUAUGGGGGACUGCGCAAUGCCGUCGUCGGCGAUCGGCCGCGUCGCAAGUCUGGCGACUUACUCACUUCGAUCUCUUCUGCUCCUUCUCCUUCGUCCUCUAUCAUUGGUUUUCCCAGUUCCAAGAUCCCAUUCAAUACGAACAAGAUGCUCAUCAAUACGCGUCUGACGACCGACCCGAAGCCGUCGGAUUCGGAUCUCCUGGACACCGCCACUCCGCACUCCAUCAUCACCACUCCUACUUCUCUCACUCAUCAUUCAAACUACUCCUACAACAGUAAUCAUAAGCAUCUCAAUCAGCAUGAGUCGUUGUCCACUCAGGGCAGGCCCAACGGCCCCAAAUCCUCCGCCCAGGCUCAGCUCUCCGUCAAUCACCUCGCUUCGACUGGUAUCGACGGCGAAUUCGGGUCGCUUUGUUGAUCUUUUUUUUCCCCCCUUU